GUAAAAUUAUUUAUUUUCACUGGAUGGUUUGGUUGACACUUUUCGCUUACAGACCACCUUUUUAUAUCCUUAUAAAUGAAAAAGAAAAAAAAAUUGAAGCAAAACUUUCAGAAAAAUCCCCAAAAAGAAAGAACCACUUUCGAUGAUUAAUUACAAUAAAACGAAGGUCUGCUUGGAAUACGGUAGAAGUAAUUACUCAGUGAUACAAAUUAUGCUGACGUAUUUGAAGAGUAGGAUAUAGUCGUUUGAACCGUAUAUUGUAUCAUUGAUACUUAUUUUAUGGAUCAUAGUUGGUGGUGGGGCCCGUUUUGUGAAAGCAGAGUCGAAACUAGCGGAGUUUGAACGGAAAGAUUAAACUGAUUUAUAUAUCUGAAAUAUUAAUAUUACGAAAUCUACACCCUCGAAAAUGAAUUUUUCCAAAAGUCAUUUAAAAAUAUGCAUCUUAAAGAGAGUUAUGAGAAAACGAAGUCGAGAGAGUGUGAGAUUGAUCUGAACUUAAAAAAAAAAAAGCUAUCAAUAUAAUCAUAAUCUACACACAAAAAAAAAAAAAUGCAUUUUUCGGAAAGUUAUGAAGAAACAAACUUGGCGGUGGACACCAAUCUGUAGUUAUGCAGCUAUCUGUAAGUUCGGCUCUUACUCUACGGAACUUAAUUUUUCACAUUUCAGAUACUAUAAAGCUGUCGACAUCAUUGGGAAGAUCAAAACACAUACAAUCAAAAUGGCUAAAGCUUCUUCUUCUUCUACUAUUGACUGGACCCUAAUAUCUGCUCAUGGACCUGCAGUUGUCUUUCAUACAGCCUGUAUUGUUGGAGAUAAGCUCUAUGUUCAUGGUGGUUUGGUUGUUGAAAAUGAUAACAUGCCGGUUAAUGGCUUCUAUUGUUUAGAUUUAAGAAGAAAUAUAUGGAAUGAAAUACAAUCACCUGGUAGUCCAUCUUUAAGCCACCACACCUCCAUUGUCUUACAUGAACACUACAUGCUCCUUAUAGGAGGAUGGAAUGGCAAGUCUAGAUCAGCAAAUCUUCAUUGCUUUGAUACUGCAACAAUGCAGUGGACUGAAAUGAAACAUUCUGGUUACCCAAAAGAGGCUGGUUUGAGUUCUCACUCAAGUAUCUUAUGUGAAAAUAACAAAAUUUUAGUUGUUGGUCGAGAGGGUCAUCUUCAUUCACAACGUAAACACAACAGUGCUUAUAUCAUAUCUGGUGACCCUGUGACAGGGUAUUUUUCCUAUUCCUUGCUAACAUAUGAGGUUGCUUCACGUUCAGGCCACACGUGUAAUAGUGAUGGUCGUUGGACAUAUUUGAUUGGUGGCCGCAAAGACAAUUUCAUUGAGACAGUGGCUCAUGUAAAGUCUUAUCCACAACUAACAAGUUCAGUUGCCAAGAAAUUAAAAGAUUUUUGUGAGAAACUUGUUCCAAUGUCAAAAUAUCCAUCAGGUAGGAAGCAUCAUGCUGGUGUUGGAGGUCAUGGAGUUAUAUUCAUUCACGGAGGGGAAACUUUUGAGUCUGCUAUAAACUUACCUUCAGGGGAAAUGUAUGUGUUUAUUGCAGGAAAAAGUUUAAAUUUUUAUAAAGUUGGGAUUGGUCUUGUUUCUCUUAAAGGACAUAUAUGCUGUUGCUACAAUGACAAAAUAAUUAUACAUGGGGGUGUAUCUGGCAAGAGACACAUUGUAAAGGGGGAUACUUAUGAAUUAAUUAUACCUUAAAUUCAGCGUGUUUGAAGCCUGAAUUGUUAUACAUCACAGCCAGUACUAUUGUUUUAACUAUUGUUUUUUUGUAACUAACUUUCCCAAGUGGCAAUAAUGUGAAAGAGCUAGAGGCAUGAUUUAUUGCUCAACUCAACUCUAAACUAGCAAUCAAAUCUGUUGUCAUCUAUGUAAACUGAGAUUAGCAGAGUUUAAUGUUUGGUGGUUUGUAAGGUUUAAACUCAUAAAUGCUGUUGUACCUCUAUUAAAAACACAUAAAAAAGAACUCUGCUGAGAAAAAAG